AUGCAUCUUCCGUUGAGGACUAAGACGGUUGUACAAUUGUAUGACUACUCGGAUGGUAGCUUUUUGGUCCAUGGCCGAGCUAACCGAUUCCCCUGUCCGGCGGCAGAUAUCAACGAGAUCACAUUCUGCCCAAUGAACACGAAUUAUCUCACAGCAAGCUGCACCGAUGGUCGAACAUAUGUGUGGGAUGUCCGUCAAGGUGACAAGACUGUUCAUCGCUUGGCCCAUGGAGAACCUCUUCAUCCACUUUUUGAUGGAUACUCCCGUGAGUACACUGACUACGGUACCUCUGUUGCUUUAUGGGGCACAGGGAUUGAUGAAUUCUAUACUGGGGGCUCUGAUGGAGCUUUGAAACGUUGGGAUAUACGUCGAUCUCCUGAAGAUGCGUUGGUGUCUGAUGUCGCCACCUUCACAGAGGGUAUUACCAGUGCUGCGUUUUCGGAUGAUAAGAGCCAUAUGCUCCUCGGGUCCCUUGGUGGAGGUGUUCGACUGGUAUCGUGUGCUCCAUUGUCUGAUCCUGAUAAUACGGAUUUCAAAUUGAAGGCAGCUCCAGAGCCACCUUCUAGAGAAGUUUCUGGUCGUGAGCUUAGUAAGGCACUGAUAUCGAGCGAUGAGAUCGAAAGACAUCCAGUUUUUGGACCGGGACAAGGUCCGAAAUAUAAAGGUCCCUACGCUCGAUGGGCCCGCGGCCUCGAUCCAAAUACACCCCUUAGUCAGACCAUCAAAUCGCCACUCAAAGAGGAAUUUCAGAACCGUCAACUUUGUAUUCCACCGGGAACAAAUCGAAUUGGACUUGACUCACAUGCUCUGCAAGAGCUAAAGUCUCAACUACAGAUUGCCGAAAUCCGCAAUGGUUUGAAGGUCGCGCAAACUGGUCAGUCUGAUCCUCCUGCAUCGGUGGAGGCGGAGACAGAAGAUCAAAACCAGAUCAAGAUCGAGGCGGCUCCAAGCCCUGCGGUUGAAGCAUCGGUUAUGUUCCUGGGUCAAAGAAAAAGAAAGAGGGGUAGCGAGGAUGACUUGGGCACUGGUCAAGAAAAGAGACGCCAUCGGAAUAAUGUAACCACUCACCUUGGGGUUAUUCAUAUUGACCUCACUGAGGAUUCACCUGAGCCGGAGGUAAUGCCUCUGAUCUCCCGUUCAGAGCUCCCGAUCAUUACGAAAUCGGCUCCAGAUGAUGCGCAAGAGUUGGUACUACCAGGAACAGACUCUGAUGACGACCUUGAGGAUGAUCAUUGGUGGCCGGAGAGUGGGCAAUACGAUGCCAACUUAUGUGACAGUGACUGA